GUAUCCACAUUGGCGACCAAUACGAAAAAAGACGUAAUGAUAGAGACGUUAUCCGCAGAAAAGGCGUCUGCUCACGAUGUGUCGUUAUUUAAGCACUGCUUGAAUGUGUUGCGCUCCGAUUGUACUAAUGGCAUCUCUUCCGCUGAAGCAACUUUGCGAAGGCAGUAUCACGGCUACAACGAGUUUGACGUGCUAGAACAAGAGCCUCUAUGGAAGAAGUACACUGAGCAGUUCCGAAACCCUCUCAUUCUUCUGCUUCUCGCGAGCGCCUUCGUUUCACUUUUGAUGCGCCAGUUUGACGAUGCUGUAAGCAUUACAGUGGCAGUAGUGAUUGUGGUUACUGUAGGAUUUGUUCAGGAGUAUCGAUCCGAAAAGACGCUUGAGCAGUUGAACAAACUAGUUCCGCCUUCAUGUCAUGUGUUUCAGGAGACAGAACCAAUCACUACAUAUAAUGGUGGUGGUCAUGUUGAACAUAUGGUAAACAUCGCUUUUAUGGGUACACUCGUUUGCAGUGGAAGAGGCAAGGGUCUAGUGAUAUCUAUCGCGGCGAAUUCGCAGUUUGGUGAAGUUUUUCGUAUGAUGCAAGGAGAAGAGUUCUAUCUAUAUCUGAUGACAUUUCAGUCACCAAAAACUCCGCUGCAGAAUAGCAUGGAUCAGCUCGGCAAGCAGUUGUCGUUCUACUCGUUUGGUGUAAUCAUUUUGAUUUUCGUCAUCGGCUUGGUCCAAGGAAGGAAGGUGUUAGAUAUGUUCACAAUAGGCGUGAGUCUUGCGGUGGCUGCUAUUCCGGAAGGGCUUCCUAUAGUGGUAGCGGUUACACUGGCAAUAGGCGUAAUGAGGAUGGCUGGGCGACGAGCUGUAGUGAAAAAGAUGCCGGCCGUUGAAACGUUGGGUUGCGUGACCGUUAUCUGUUCGGACAAGACAGGUACACUAACAAAAAAUGAAAUGACAGCUACUUGUGUUGUCACCCCAGAGGGGCGUCGUGCUGAGGUAACUGGUCUAGGAUAUAUUGUCAGUGGAGGCCAGUGUACUUUUGAAGGCGAGCUAGUGAUGGGUUAUAGUCAUCAGGAAUUUGCUAGUAUUAUUGAGGUAGGUGUGGUAUGUAACAAUGCCAAGAUAGUAGCGGAUACUGUUGUGGGACAACCGACGGAAGGUGCUCUCGUGGUACUUGCUCAAAAGACAGGCUUGGAAGGUUGUCGUCAAGAUUACAGACGCCUUCGAGAAGUUCCGUUCACUUCUGAGUCCAAGUGGAUGUCCGUUCAGUGCGAAAAAAACGGCAAAGCUGUGCUCUUCGUGAAAGGCGCCUUGGAUCGUAUACUACCGCUGUGCGAUUCAUAUUUCUCCGCUGAUGGCACAAGAAAGCCUUUAGACGAAUACGUUCGUCAACGGAUAACAGAUGGCGGGCGUGGUCUUGGAGCGACUGGACUGAGAGUAUUGGCAAUGGCUCGAGGUGAUACGAUGCAGUCUCUGAUGUUGGUCGGAAUGGUUGGAAUGCUCGAUCCUCCAAGACUAGGGGCACCCGGUGCCAUUUCAAUGGUUAAAGCGAGUGGUGUUGAAGUGAAAUUAAUAACCGGAGAUUCUCAGGAAACUGCACAAAGCAUCGGAUCGAUGCUAGGUCUGUACAGUUCUCCACGUGACAGCUGUCUCUCGGGUGCUCAAAUGGACAGUAUGUCGGAUCAGGAGUUAGAGUUGGUUAUUCGUCAGGUGUCUAUCUUCUACCGCGCAUCACCUAGACACAAGCUGAAAAUUGUUAAAGCUCUGCAAGGAAUUGGCGAAGUAGUGGCUAUGACUGGUGAUGGUGUAAACGAUGCAGUCGCAUUGAAAAAGGCUGAUAUUGGAGUAGCUAUGGGCUUGGGAGGCACGGAUGUAUGCAAAGGCAGAAGUGUGGCGGCACUGUCCCUGAUCGCAGCAUCAACCAUGUUUCAUUUCGAGAAUCCACUGAAUGCAAUGCAAAUUCUCUGGAUUAACAUAAUCAUGGAUGGACCUCCAGCGCAGAGCCUUGGUGUGGAGCCUGUGGACGACAAUAUCAUCCGUCAACCACCUCGUAACGUUCGUCAGCCUAUGCUCACCGUUCGAUUAAUGAUCGACAUUCUGUGCUCGGCUGCGAUCAUUGUGUUCGGUACCUUAUUCAUCUUCUACAAAGAGAUGUCAGCUGACAGCAAGGUGACUCCACGUGAUACUACCAUGACAUUUACGUGUUUUGUAUUGUUCGAUAUGUGGAAUGCUUUAAGCUGCAGAAGCUCACGGAAAAUGAUCUGGCAGAUUGGACUGUUGCGGAAUCGGAUGUUUUGCAUCGCCGUUACCGCUUCACUCAUUUGUCAACUGUUUGUCAUCUACUGGUCACCACUGCAGCACAUUUUUCAGACUGAAGCCCUUUCUUUACUAGAUAUCGUUCUUCUUUCCACCAUGACGUCAUCAGUGUUUAUCUUCAAUGAGACACGCAAGUAUUUCGAUCUUCGGCGGACGGGCAUCCAUUCGAAAACUGAGGAUCUUUUGUAG